AAUAUUGUUGUGGAUCAUUUUGUAAGGUUAAAAAAACGCAAGCAAACUAACAAAAGUUCGUAAACUACGACGGUUUUUGGUGUCGCAAAACUGCUUACAAUUAAGCUUCAACCAUGUCGGACGUUGAAUUUAUAGACGAAACAAGACUGGACGCGCAUGAUGAAAGUGCCGAAAAAACGGACACAGAAGAUGACGAUUCAUCCGAAGGCACCAACACGGAGGAUGAAGACACGGACGACGAUGAUAACGAUGAAUCGAUCGAAUCGAAACACAUUAAAGAGUACAUCGAGAUUCUUACCAAAAUUGCCGGAGACAAGUACAACUACGAUAACUAUGCGGAGCUGCUGGAAGUUGCACAUCAAAUGAAUGAUCUGGAAAAGAUUCGACAAAGUGCAGAAAUAUUUUCGGCCAUGUAUCCUUUGUCACCCGAAAUUUGGUUACGGUGGCUCAAGAUUGAAUCGUCCCUUGCGACAACGGACGAGCAGGUGGAACAGGUCGAGAAGCUUUUCCAGCGCGCACUGAACGAUUACUAUUCUGCCGAAGUAGCGUUAGAGUUUGCUGAACUGGCGAUGAAGACCACCAGCAAGGAUAUUGCGGAUCGCAUUUGGAAAACAUUAAUACCUACCUACGGAUUGCACACGGUGAAGGGAAGAUCCAUUUUCGAGGCGUAUCGUGAGGAUACGUUAACGAAAAAUGGAGACUCUCCCGCCAGCUUUAAUCGGCUGGCCCGUAUUUAUGAGCAAGAGUUGAAGAUACCGCUCCGCAACAUGGAAGAUUCAUACAUCGAGUACAAGCUGCUGUGCGAGAAGUACAAAGAAGUGAUCACGGAUUUGGAUGCGGAAAAAUUUGAACGACGUUACAAGCAAGCGAAGGAAGCGCUUCAACGUAUGCUUCCGCACGAAACGGCCCUGGCAGCGCUUGAUGCACACUGUCAUCAGGAAAGGGCCGAUCUAUACCGUAAGUAUAUUGCCGAUUGUCAAACAGUGUUGGACGACGACGAGGUACAAAUUCUGUACGAGCGCAUGGUCACCGAAUGUUGCCUGGAUGGGACAGUUUGGCACGAUUACGUACGCUACCUUCAUCGAUGUCCGCCCGAUCCGGAAGAAAAUCCUACUUCGCCUGUCUUUCGACAGACGGAAAUCGAUCUCGUUAAUCGAGCGUUGCGCAAUUGCACGUGGAGCGCUGAGCUGUACGUAGAGAAGAUGCGUAUAGUUGAGCGGCAGGCAAAACCUACCUCCAAAAUGACCAUCCUGAAGAUAAUGGAGGAUGUGGCGUCGGCCGGUCUACAAACGCCCGAAGCAUCGGUGAAGGUGUGGCUUGAGUAUUUGACAUAUUUGCGUCGUGUAACGGAUUUUGCCAGCGAAAAGGAGCGGGACAUAUUGCGUGCCAACUUUGAUCUGGCAUGGAAUCAGCUAGGAAGAACAUGGGGCGUGUUGGCCGAUCCGCAAUGCAAGAUUCUGCAAUUUUGGGGCCGGUUGGAGUAUGAAGCGCUGGGAGAACCGAGCAAAGGGCGUGACCUGUGGUACAGUGUAAUGGAUAGUGCCGACAAUUCAACACGCGUUGGACUGUGGAUUGAGUUUAUCGAGUUGGAAGCGAAGCGAGGUCCAGAUGCAGUGCGAAAGUUGUACCGAAAAUCCAUCACCUGCGCUGGUUUGGAUGAUCCGGAAACGUUGGCUGCCGCUUGGCUACGCUUCGAGCGGUGUAAUGGUUCGUUGGAACAGUUAAUCAGCUGCCAAGAGCUGUGCAAUGCUACCAUCGAGAAGUACUACAACACACUGUCCAAGAAUGGACCAUCCAACCGCACAGCAAAGGGAAAACGCACGGAAGCAGCUGGAGCCGGAGCUAGCAUUAACAAAGAAGCGAAACCAUUAACUGCAGCAAAGCGGAAUGCAUCCUCUAUGGACGAAACGGCAGUUGAUGCGUCGGGAAAGAAGAAAAUGAAACGAACCCAUGAACAAGCGUCGGAUACGGCUGGCGAACGGCAGGAAGAGUUUAAAACGCCUGCCAUUCCAGCGCUUGUAGCAAACAGUUCGAAAACUCAUGAAAGUAAGCUUGAGCCAGCAAAACAUCCCAAAGCAGUAACGGACGACGAUAGUACGACUGAUUACAUUGCCAAAGGUGACCAAAAUCGGCAGGUGUUUGUCAGCAAUCUCAGCUUCGAAGUGACCGAAGCCGAUAUCAGAGAGAUCUUUCCCGAGCUGACGAUCGAAUCGAUCGAGCUGGUUGCUUCUAGUUCGGGAAAAAGUCGCGGUUUCGGGUAUAUGCAGCUGGCCACCCGUGAGCAGGUACCGCAAGCGCUCAGCUACGAUCGGCGCCCACUUAACGGUAGGCCAGUAUUUAUUUCGAAUGUAGCGCGCGACAAGGCAAACCGUCAGCAUCAGUUCAAAUAUUCGUCGUCGUUCGAACCGAACAAACUGUUUAUAAAAGGGUUGCCGUUUAAUUUGGGCCGUGAUGAGCUGGAGAAAUUGUUUGCACCGUUCGGGCGCAUAAAGGACAUACGCAUCGUUUGCUACCGAAGUGGCAAAUCGAAGGGACUAGCCUAUUUGGAGUAUGAAACGGAAACGGCCGCCAAGAAUGCGGUGCUGAAGAUGGAUCAGCACGUGAUCGAUGGGUUUACGAUUACGGUUGCCAUUUCGUCACCGCCACCGAAGAAAAAUCCAACCGCAACGGAAACGAACCUUGCUGGGACAGACAGUGGCGAAAGGGCAAGCUUUAGCCUCGGUUCCGGAAAGAAGCAACUGAGCAAGGGGGACGUGAAACAAAAGUUAUCGGCCAUGAUUCCAACCGCCGUCAUGAAAAAGAGUACUGCUUCCGCAUCGUCCAGUUUCGACGAGAAACCUAAAUCGAAUGAUGAUUUUCGGAAAUUGUUGCUGAAGUAA